AUGGCGUCCAAAUUGCCAAUCGAAAUUCUAGAAAAAAUAUUUCGAAACUUUCUACUGGUAGAAAGCACCCCUUACAAUAAUCCUAGUAAUGAGACUAAUGACUAUUCAACGGGUGAUUUAUACUCAUGUCUUUUGGUGAACUGGCAAUGGUGCGAAGCCGUGAUCCCAUUAUUAUGGAGUGAUCCCUUCAGACAAAGCACUUCGAUAACAAAACAACACGAUAAAAUUCUCGACACAUAUUUUCAAUUCCUGAAUUAUCACGAGCGAAAAUUAAUUGUGCAAAAUAAUCAUUAUCAUCGAAAUCAUUAUCAUAAUAAAACUUCAAACACAUUCUUUAAAAAAUUCUUAAAUGGAGGCAUACCAAAGAUGAACAUGUAUACCCCGAAUACGAUGUACGAUUACCCAUUUUUCGCUAAACAUAUCGACGUGGGAGCUAUGAUUUGUGUCGCGAAAGCGUGGUGCGCUCGAAACAGAUUGCCAUAUCGUGAGUCAGCUAUUGUCACGGUUAUUUUGAAAUUGAUGCGACGAAAUGGAGCGACUAUUGAACGUUUGUCGGGACCUUUCAGAUUCACUACUCGUCCUGAAUUUUUGGCAUUGUUUCAACAGAAUCCCGAACUCGAAAUGUGGAUCUCGUCAGUGAAAUCUUGUCAUAUGGUUUGGAACGAUCGUAACAUGGAUCGAGAUGCUCAAAAGCAAUAUACUAUUGCCACUUUAUCAAAUCAUUUGGAAUGCCUCGAUCUCGAUAUGAAAGGAAUGCAAAACUUUACACAAAAACGUAAGCUUGCAACAAUCGGCGCAACGAUGCGACAAUUUCACAGUCUAAACCAAUUCAUUGGACGAAGCUGUGGCGGCGAUCUCAAUGCAAUAGUCAGAAAUUUAAAACUUAGCGUAUCAACAUUACUCGAUAUCGAAUUUGUCGACACAAAUUUCAAAGAUUCCGCCCCGUUGAAUUCUCUCUUGAUGUUUGAUAAUCUUGAGGUUCUCACUUUUCGUAAUUGUGAUUUUUUGACGUUGAGAGUUAUGCAGCCGCUUAUGACUGUGCCUUACUGUCAUCUCAAACAAUUACGUCAAGUUAAUUUUAUCUAUUGUCAUGAUGUUUCUGAACAUGUUCGUGAUUGGGCCGAGGAAGUUAAUC